AAGAGAAAAAUUAUCCAAAUCGUAUUACUGGAAAUGAAAUUUUUUGGUGGACAUCAACAACUCUUAAAACAAGUUUAACUAGUCCAACUCAAGCUUAUAAUUUACCUAAUUACCCAGUCCAGUCAAAUACUGUCUCUACCGAUUCUAUAUCCCAAGGAAUAUCAACCGGCUAUAACAUUUAUAAAACUUUGGUAUUCAUUGUAGCACCUAUUAUAGUUUUAAUCUUACUUGGUAUAUUUUUAUGGUUUUAUUGUAGAGGUAGAGGUAAAGCUAAAGAUAGAAAUAAUCUUGAUGGUAUUGAAGGUGUAGGAUAUUCUUAUACUGCACACUAA